CAGCAUUGUUUGGGCUUACUUGCCCAAUGCAUGAGGUGCCGCUCCUCAUACAAGGCAUAUUCCCCCUGCAAUUGGACGUGACAACAAGGCUUUCAGCUUAAUCAGGUUCAUUUCUAUCCAGCUGUGGUGAAGUUACAGAGCCAAUGGCAUACCCUUUGACAGACUGGAACACGGGCCUCUUUGACUGUUGUGAGGACAGCAGCACCUGUUGCUAUGGUUUCUGGUGCUGCCCUUGUCUGGCCUGCACAGUUUCAGGGAGGUUUGGAGAGAACCGUUGUCUCCCAUUAUGUGACAUGCUCAGCCCCGCUAUCACAGCCGCCUUCGGCCUGCCGCUGUGUGUGCCUCCUGCAGCGCUGGCUCUACGGGUCGGCAUUCGACACAGAUACGGUAUCAAGGGUUCCCUUUGUAACGACAUCGCGAGUUCCUGUUUCUGUGAGUGGUGCUCCUGGUGCCAGAUGAAUCGGGAGUUAAAGUUUCGCAAGAAAAACAAUGUGGUCAUUGUCAACAUGCAGCCUCCUCCAGUCAUGAGUGUUCCUCCUGGUUUCAUUGUCCAACCAGGAGUUAGAUACUGAGCCUUGCAGCUUCUCAUUGGUCUGCUCUGUCUUGUGAACAACGUUUGAUUUAGCUCAGAUUAUCGGUGGUGUUGAGGUCCUUCAGUGUAAAACAUUUUUAUUUGUGUCUAGGUGUGGGAGACAGUGCUUGUUUUACCUUGCUUUAUUUUUUUCAGUAUUGUAAUACUUUUUGAAUCAUGUCUCUUUGGCAUUAACGCAUGCGGGUUCAAUUUCAGUCCCAUAUUGCCACAAUAAUGAAAAUCAUGCCAAUGUGGAAAUUGGUAGAAAUGAUCAGUUACUUUUUAAAGACUAAGGGAAGUGUUGUAAAUGUCUCAAGAUGACGGAUCGGGAGAACUCACAUUAAAGAAGAGGUCUUCGAUUGUUUCCUGAACAUUUCCAAAACACUUUUCCCUUUCUCUCGGGUUCUAAGGAAGUUUACCCAAUGGCUUUUUGAAGGAUAUUUAAACCACUGUGGAUUUGUCUCAAUAUGUGUAGAUUUUAUUUUUAUUUUGAAGUAUUUGUUUUUAAUCUACAUGCAGCAUUUAUUGCAUAAAAGUUACAAAAAGUAUUUUCUAGAAAAUUGAUUCUUUGUUUCUUCAAUCCUUACAUGAUUUUGUGAAGUGAAGUUUUUCCAUUUACCAGUUAACAUCUAAUACUGAGUUGACUGAGUUUCUUAACAUAAUAAUAAAGAAUCAGAUUUUGUUUAAUUGCUUA